AUGGACAUCGCUGCGCGCUGCGAGGCCCGUUCCUCCGAACAAGGCCAACUGGAGGAGAUGGGUGCCGGCCACAACUUCUGCAGCGGUCACCCCAAGGCAGAGCGACGUGAUGCGGUCGUCGUCCUUGCAACUCGGAACUACAUAAUGGGACGACUGUCCCGUCUGCCUCGAGGCACCAACAAUCGCCUGAUGAGCUUUCGUUUGCUUCUCCAGGGAGGUAAGUUCGCCACCAUCAUCAGUGCCCACGCCCCAAAAAUAACCGGCUCAGACGAGGAAAAGACAAAGUUCUACGAAAACCUACAUGCACUCCUGGCGCCUGCGCCUAUAGGGGACAAGCUCGUUGGCCUUGGUGACUUCAAUGCCCACGUUGGGACAGAGUGUGCUGCCUGGAGGGAAGUGCUGGGUUCUCAUGUAAUCGCCGGCCGCAACGGCAGUGGCGUCCUUCUUCUGCGCACCUGCGCUGAACACCGUCUCGUGCUGACCAACAAAUUCUUCCGCCUGCCGAUGAGGAAGAAGGCCACCUAG